UCGACAUUCCAGCCCUGGGCAUGACGUCACCGCCACAAUUGCGGGUUUUACAGUCGCUCCUUAUAAGGCAACAGUUCGGGGGUCUGCGGUAAGAUUUACCUCCUGUGUCAAAAUUAUCGCUCACAAAACCGGUUUUUCCGACCUUAAAACAACGAUUUUGCGACCCGAAUUUUCCAAAACUAUCUCUUUUACAAGAAAACGCGUCGAUCAGGAAAAACGCCGAAUGAAAUCGGCCGAUUUCAGCCCCGAUGUUGACAAAUAUAUUUUCGGGAGUCUGCGGUAGACUUACCAGCAGAGCCCAAAUUAUCGGCUCACAAAACCGGUUCUGUCGACCUUGAAACGGCGACUUUGUGACUCCAAUUUUCAAAAAAUGUAUCUUUUACAAGAAAACGCGUCGAUAAAGAAAAAGACCGAAUGAGAAAGGCGGAUUUUAACCUCGAUGUUGACAAAUUUUCUCGCCCCAAAUGUUUAUGAUUCUGCAGUCAGGCUUUGUCCGGGGGUGACCUCCGACCUUACCCAGCCUGCCCCGCGGGAGGUCAGAGGUCAGGCGGCGCGCUGUGCUUUGUCACGCUGAAAAAGAAAUUCGCUGAUUUUUUUCUGCGUUAGAAAAAAAUCUGUCAGAGUUUCAGUCAUUUUUCUGAGCGCAGGAGAAAGAACAACAUCAGUAGAAUGUUUCUGACAAGGUCUGAGUAUGACCGUGGAGUGAACACGUUCUCGCCUGAAGGUCGGCUGUUCCAGAUCGAGUACGCCAUCGAGGCCAUCAAACUCGGAUCCACCGCCAUCGGCAUUCAGACUGCAGAGGGAAUCGUGUUAGCCGUAGAGAAGCGCAUCACCUCCCCCCUGAUGGUCUCCACGAGUGUAGAGAAGAUCGUAGAAGUGGACAGUCACAUCGGCUGUGCGGUCAGCGGUCUGGUCGCAGACUCUCGUACCAUGAUCGACAAGGCACGCGUAGAGGCACAGAACUACUGGUUCACGUACAACGAGCAGAUGUCUGUGGAGAGUGUGUGCCAGGCUGUGGCAAACCUCGCCAUCCAGUUCGGGGAGGAGGACCCGGAUCCCGGCGCCAUGAGCCGGCCGUUCGGCGUGGCACUUCUGGUGGCCGGGAUCGAUGAGAAGGGACCACAACUGUUCCACAUGGACCCUUCAGGCACAUAUGUACAGUACGACGCCAAAGCUAUCGGCUCAGGGUCAGAGGGCGCGCAGAGCUCACUACAAGAGGUCUACCACAAGUCCAUGACUCUUAAAGAAGCGCUAAAGUCCGCCCUGACGAUCCUGAAGCAGGUAAUGGAGGAGAAGCUGAACUCCACGAACGUCGAGGUCGCGACGAUCACGCGGGAAAAACGCUUCCACAUGUUCAGCAAGGAGGAGGUUGAGGAGGUCAUCAAGGACCUGUAGGGGUCAGGGGUCAAAGUGCAGCUGUAGAUAUCCUAGUACACGGUUCUGUUAGGGUGGGAGGGGGGCAGUUGUACAUGUAAGUUGCCAGUAACGCUUUAGAAAAUGCUCUGGGGACAAUAAAAAAUAAAGAUACAAAUGAAAUGUUCUGUAUGUUACAAUCUUUAUACAUUGUCACUUUAUAAAAGUUAAACUACACAUCAAAUGAUGCCUUGUUCCAUUACGAAUGUACACAUCAUUAAGAAAGCUAAAAGCAACUGGAUAUCAGAGUCCGGAUGAACAAGAUGUUGGUGUAUCAUGAGUGAACACAAUGAUUAAAGGUUA